UAUCUAGCAUCCCGAUAUCCACUACACACAUAUAUACAUACUUUCUCCAUUGUUUCUUUUCUUCGCUGUUAAAAUAUCUAUACAGCGAUUUCUAUUUGUUCCUAUUUCGCAUCUACCUCCUUCUUUGGUAGCUUUGUUUUCUGCUCCUCUAUACAAUCAUACGUACAGCUGUCUAUUUCUUCCUAUUUUGCAUCUUCCUUCUCCUGAAUCUCUCUAUACAAGCAUACGUACAAGCGAUCUCUGUUUCUUCCUAUUCCGCAUCUUCCUCUUCCUAAACCUUCCUCUGUCAGCAGCUUUGUUCUUUGCUCCCCUUUUCAAGCAUACGUACAGCUAUCUAUUUCUUCCUUUUUAGCAUCCUGAUCCUCCGUCCGUCAGCAGCUUUGUCUCCCGCCGGCUGAGGGAGACACUAUCUCAACUCGUUGCCGGGGGAAUGACUUAACCAGGCCGUAAAAGGGGCUGCCGAGGCGCUUGAAGGAAGGCGCGACUCGGGGGUCAUUGGCGAAGAUUACACUACUUUACGUCAGGAGACCAGUGAAGCGCGGAGUAUCAAGCCUUAACAGCCUCGUCAGCCCUCAUAGGCCCUCCCCAGCCCGCCGCCCAAACGAGCCAUUCCUCCAAGCUCGUGAGCCGUCACUACCUACCCCUCCUUCCCUCCUCUUUCCUCCCCUACCUCCAUCUUCCUCUCUCCUUCCCUUCCUUCCUCACCCACGUCCUCUGAGGCCCCAUUGCGGCAAGGCAUUAAAUUGACUCCAGAAGGGAAUUUGGCACCCCGCGGGGCAAGUGCCAACCGUGAUUUCCAAGGUAACAGGGAAAUUAAUUGAUGCUUCGUCUCUCUAGGAACGUGACGGGGGUUAGGGGGUGACCGGCGAGGGGGCAGAGGGGUCGAGGCACUCUUUCGACAUCCUCGUGUGCCCUGAGAGCCUCGUUCUUGGUCCGAGGAGACGCGUUAUGAAAGGAAGGCAGAAGAGUACGUUAGGUCGCUUCGAAAAUAUUAAUCUUUUAUGCGUUGUCUCGCCAGAGCAUUUUUUUGUAAUGUAAAGUUGCGAUAAGGGAAAAUUCUGGGUUAAUGGCUAUAAAAACAGUGGCAGAGUUAAGCUUGUCGCCGGCGCUGGCCUGGGGUGCCGGUGCCAUCAAUACGUGCCGCUCUUGCUCACAACCCGGCCCCGCUUCCCGGCACGGCACUCGCCCCGCUCCGCCAAUCAGCGCCGCGCACGCAGUUACGUCACCGGACAGACAGCCAACCCGCCGCCGGGCUCCAUUCCAGGUCUUCCUAAAGGUUGCCGCUGGAAUCCCGGUUGCCAGGCUUUGCAGGUCCUGUUAACUUAGAGGCGCCGAUAAAUGUGUGAAGGACGGCGAUGCCCGCCCUAGGAGUGCCCUGCUGGCCCCUGAGUCCUGCCCUCCGGUCCUGGCAAGCCUUAGCGGCGGAAAGAGCGACAGGGGCGAGCGGGAGGUAAAGAAGGAAGCGAGAGGCAGCGGCACGCGGGAGGCCGAGCGGAGUGGAGGGGAGGUGCCAGCGAGGUGGAGCGUGCCAGCCUCGUCUUCUGCGGUGCUGGUGCUCGCCGCCUGCUGCACGCCCCGGCAGCCCUCCCGCCGCACCUUCACCUGAUCCUUCGCCUGACUGCUCCACCCUAGUGCCGCGCCCUCGCCCUCGUGCCUCCGCCGGGAGAUCCUCAAGUUUCCCGUCGCCAGUGCCGCCGCGGUCCAUCCCGUGGUCCUCACCUGUGACCUGUCCGGCUCGUCACCGCGCCCACCCUCAGGUGGCGGCGUAGCUGGGCACCAACACCGCCUUUCCAUCCCUUUCGGCGGAACACACUCAUAGAGACGUGGCAAGAUGGCUUCCCCUCAGCCCUCACCCAGUAGAAUCGGCAAAUACACAGCCAUGGGACACCGCUACCUCUCCCGGUGGGUGUCGUGGUCCGGGAACCUCACCCCCACCCCCCCAGGCUCCCCCUCCCGCCCCCACCCCUCCGAGGGCCUCUCCCUGUCACCCCAGCCCCCCCGUGCCUUCCAGCCCCGCUCCAGGACGUCUUCAAAAGCUUCCAACGUGUCAGAGAAAACCCCCGUAAUGUAUCCGCUGGUGCCGAAGCUGCCCGUGCCUCCCCUGGGCCACACCCUCACCUGGUACCUGACCCACAUGCGGCCCGUGCUGAAGGCAGAGGAGUACAAGGAGACGGCCAAGGUGGUGGAGGAGUUCGGCCGUCCGGGGGGCGUGGGCGAGAAGGUACAAGAGGAGCUGAUCAAGAGACACGACACCACGGACAACUGGGCCUACGAUUGGUGGCUGGACGACAUGUACAUGAACAUUGCCCUGCCGCUCCCCGUCAACAGUAACCCCGGGAUGGUCUUUCCGCACCAAAAGUUCGCCUCCGAUGUGGACAUGACGCAGUUCGCCGCCCGCCUCGUCAGCGCCUCCCUCGACAUGAAGGAACGAAUCGCCGCAGGUGACCUGGACGUGGACCGAUGCACCGCCCGCGAGCGCCACCAACCCUUGUGUAUGGCCCAGUAUACCCGCGUGUUCUCCUCCUACCGAAGACCCGCUAUUCCUAAAGACAAGCUCCUGUCCACCGCCGACCAGCAAAAGGAGAACCAGCACAUCAUUGCCAUCUAUAAGAACCACAUGUUCAAGGUGGAGGUGGUAGUGGAGGGCACGCGCCUCUCCCAGCAGCAGGUGAUGACGCAGCUGCGGGAGGUUCUUCGACAGGUGGAUGAGUACGAGGGCUCCGACCCGCCGCCUGUGGGAGUGAUGACGAGUGACAACCGACGCACGUGGGCACAGAGUAGACAGAUCCUGGCAGGCGAACCUGACAACAAGCGCAUUCUGGGGAUCAUCGAAGCCUGUGUCCUGGUGGUGUGCUUCGACGAUCCACUACCAACCAAAUUCAACCUCGCCACCAGGACCAGCCACCGCGCGAGCCUCUCCAAGCGGUCAUCCAGCCUCAACAUGACGUCCUCUCAGAACUCUUCACAGGAGCAAGACGGCACAGCCCGGGACGAGGUGAAUGCCGGCCACCAGAUGAUACACGGCGGCGGCUUCAACCACAACUCUGCCAACAGGUGGUUCGACAAGACGGUGCAGUUCGUGCUGACCCGGGACGGCUGGAGCGGCCUCUGCUACGAGCACUCCUGCGCCGAGGGCAUCGUGGUCAUUCAGAUCGUGGAGCAGAUCCUUCAGUGUAUCGCCUCCGAGAACCAGAAGGACGACAUGGUGGAGUCUCUCAAGCAGACGGACACGCCGCGACAAGGGAGUCAGGAUCUCGGGGCUCAGGCGCUUGGCAUGGAGGGUGACAUUGGAUUCCCGGCCCCCGAGGAGACGGCCCCUACGCCCACCCGCCUGGAGUGGAAGGUGACGCCCGUCAUCUACCGGCGAAUACAGGAGUCAGCGGACCACGUGGACAGGCUGGUGGAGGACCUGGACUUCCGUAUCCUGCGUUACCUGAGCUACGGGAGGAACUACAUCAAGCGGUCCAAGUGCUCGCCCGACGCCUUCAUCCAGUUAGCCCUCCAGCUGGCCUUCUUCAGGUGUCACGGGCAGCUGACGAGCACCUACGAGAGCGCCAGCACCCGCAGGUUCCGUCACGGGCGCGUGGACUCUAUCCGGGCUAACACGCCGCAGGUUCUGGCUUGGUGUGAGGCCAUGGUCAUCAACGCCCCCAUCGCGGACCGCUUGGCCAAAUACGAGGCAGCCAUCAAGCUACAGACGGACAUCAUGGUCAAUAACAUCCUUGGCCGGGGCAUUGACAUCCACCUUCUGGGCCUGAGGGAGAUGGCCAAGGAAAUGGGACUGCCGACGCCUGAGAUCUUUGCCCACGACUCCUACCGCAUCGCCAACCACUUCCGCCUUUCCACAAGCCAGGUGCCCACGCUGUCAGACUCCUGGAUGGGGUACGGCCCGGUGGUUCCCGACGGCUACGGCGCCUCCUACAACCCCCACCCGGACUACAUCGUCUUCUGCCUCUCCGCCUUCAAGUCCUGCGAGGAGACUUCGACCCUCGAGUUCGGGCGUAACCUUGAACGCGCCCUAGACGAGAUGAAGGUUUUGCUGGAGAAUCGAUCGGUGUAAGCGGAUAAAAGGCGUCAGCAGGCUGGUAAAGGUGAGGGGAAACACGCCAGCCUACAUCCACCUACAAACGGGCAAAUCCUUAACUGAAGGAGUAACUAGAUGACGUAGCAACCAUCUGUUUCUACCCAGUCUACUACCCUGACAUAUGGUGCGCAGAGCUUUCACAAGUAAAGAUUGAUCGGGACGUAAGUUAACAUGCCCCGCGUCCUCAGUCCCUCCUCCAGCCGGUUAUGCAACUGUCUGAACCAUCGCCUGAUACACAUAGGUUAAAUGAAUACAAAAAAGAUCGCAUUAUAUAGAUUUAACAUCCCAGCGGCCUCAAUCCCUCCUUCAGCUUAUUCUUGAACUGUCUGAACCAUCGUCAAUAGGUUCAAGGAAUACAAAGAGGGAUCGGAAUACGCUGUCAACAACCCCCGCUGCCUCGAUCUCCAGUAACUGUUAUAUAAGCUCCUUCUGCUGAUCCCUGAGCUGCCGGUGUAGACGUUUCAGGAUACUCCCCCUAGACAUGAUUCCCGGAGUCUCUUGAAACUAGUUUUAAAGCACUCCCCAGUCAAUUGAAACUAAUUAGAUAGCACUCCCCAGUCAACUGAAAUUGGUUUCAUAUGACUCCCCAUCAGGUCGAAAUGACUCACAUUAUUGGAUGAAAAAUAUUUAUUGAUGUUGACUCCCAUACAAAACUAAUCAGUAAUCACACUACAGUACAUUAAUGUUGUCUCCCAUCCAAAAGCUAAUCACUAAUCAUGUGCACAUUACACACGAAUAACUACAUUAAAAUGGUUGCCUGCUUUAUUGUCGAGGUACACUGACUCGUUUAAUACUUCUCUGCAUUUCGGCCUAUGUAUAUGCCAUGUGUGCAUAGAACCGAACUUUGCACACACACAUACAUUCACAUGGAACAUGUUGGCUGCUGCUAACAUCUCUGUUGUUGUUCCCCACACUAUAUUUUGACGCACUGAUUCAACUUUGAUGUUUUCAGUGCUGGUAAUGAAGUCACAUAUCAAGCUUCUGACAACGUCGUGUUGGUCCUCUUCUCCAGUGAUGGCAUAUGGCAAUGCACGAAAAAGACAGCAGAUGUAAUGUUGCGCAACCAAUAUCUUUGCAUUAUGUGAUCGAUGACCUUAUCCCUGCCAACGUGGCCUCCCAAAUCAACAGCUUCGUCGGUGUCACCAGCUCCUCGGUGACUGGCCAGCACAAUGUCGAGCUGGUACUGGCGAUCCUUAAUCACCCGAAGGAAGCGACCUUCUGCAAUCAUAUAUAAAAAUAUCAAACUAUAGGCCAUUACACCAUUUGGCUUUUCGUUUCUACACGAAUACACUACUCACCUGUUAAAUCUCUCCUGUUCGGCUUAUGGACAAGUUUUAGACAGUCGUCUUGGAUAACGAAUGCUCGACACUGCCUUCGAAAAUUUGCUUUUUUUCCCUUGUCGUUUCCAACAUGCACUGGAUAUUUUUUUAACCGCAGAAACUCUUCCACCUCGUCCAUUUCAAUAGAGAACUCCAUGGUGUAAACGCGUUGAUGAGCUAUGUUUAUGGGGUAGCAAGAAAGUGACUGAUAAGGCCGUGGUGAGCUGCACGGGUGUUUCACCAGUAAAGUAUAAAGAAAACGGGAAGCGAAACGUCAAACACUCUAGUUAGAUUCAGAAACACCAAAAAACUUCAAACAAGGUUCAUUCGACUACAGAGUCAUUUCAAACAGGUGGGGAGUCGUCUGAAGCAAGUUUUAAGUCAACUGAACCUAUGUACAGUAGGUUCAUUCGACUACGGAGUCAUUUCAAACGGGUGUGGAGUCGUCUGAAACAAGUCUCAAGUGACGGGGAGUCGACUGAAUCAGUUUCAUCUGACUGGGGGAGUCUUCUGAAACAGGGAGUAAUUUGAAACGGCUACACCGGAACCAUCACCGUCUUUUAUGGACAUUCAAUACCACUUUACAUUUCAAUCGUUCCUCCCUGCGGGGCUCGAGGUACGAAAAAGGAACGGUCGUGGGUGUCGAGGCGUCUCUGUUGACACACUCACCGGAUAACGAACGCCUCAAUCACUACGGUCGGUGCUGUCACACGCUUCCAACCUUCACUUUAACUAUUUCCAAAGGCCGAAAAGGAGAUCAAUCGGGUUCACAUGAGUGUAUUUUUAGGUUUAUGUUACAGAAGAAGGGUCAUACUACCAGAAGGGUCCUAAAACUACCCCUGGAUAUGCCCCAAACUCCUAUAAAAGCCUUGCCAAAUAUGUGUACUGGAGCUCCGGAAUGUUUAAGAAUAUAUGACACUCAGACGCUUCCAUCCCUUAUAGCAACUAUUUCCAAAGACCAAAACGGAGAUCAAUCAGGUACUCAUGAUUGUGUUUUUAGGUUCAUGGUACGGAAGAAAGGUCAAACUACCAGGAGGGUCCUCAAAAUACCCCUGGAAAUACCCUCAAAACCUAUAAAAGCCCUGCCAAAUAUGUGCUUGUGCGCCGAAAUGCUAGGAAUACCUGUCUUUUGGCGAAUCUUAUAACUCCUUGACAUACCUAGGUACGGUUCCCCUCUCGAAGCAGCAGCAAGGCUAAUCGUAGGCGGCAAUGCUUCAUAAUUACUCAGUGACAUAUCUAUAUACACGCACGAACCCUCCAAUUGAAGAAGCAGCGAGGAUAGUAGUAGUGGGCGGCAAUGUUUCUCCACUGACAAAAUAACACUGACUGACCACAUUGCAUAUAUAGAAAGCCAACUCACUCUUUUCAUUACUGCCAACACGAGAGCUUCCCCGUUCGAUGAGGGGGCGAGAAUCUUUUCGAGCGGCGAUAACCUUUUUGAAAACAUGUAAAUCUUCGUUUGGUGAAGAUGUAUACGAGAUGACAAGCUAAUCCAGGGCAACGAAGAGCAAUACAGUUAGCCUACAGGUUUCUUAUAAGUAUGUUUAGGGGAAGGACACAACUCAGACGGGAUACUUUUAGCAAUACUCAGAUGGAAUAUUAUGACCUACAUUUUUUAAUUCAGGAAGCGUAAGGGUUAAGAGCAGCCAAGUGAGAGAAGGAGAAAGAGGGAGAGAGGAAGGAGGAGGAAAAAGGGAGAGGGGAAGGAGGAGGAAAAAGAGAGAGAGGGGAAGGAGAAUGAGGAAAACAGAGGAGAAGGAGAAGGAGAGAAAGAGGAACGAGGAGGGAAACAGAGGGGAAGGAGGAAGAGGAAGAGAAUGAGGAUAAGGAAAAAGAGGAAAAGAGAGAGAGAGGGGAAGGCAUAUUUAGCCUCAAACAGAUAGACAGACACACACACAUACACAAUCUCCCAGGCACAGCGCUCUCCAGACC